UCUGUGAGGCAACCUUUUAACUGCUGUAAAGUAUGGCUUUAUACUAAGUAGUUCUUUGUAGUAGCCAGCCCUUGGCUAGAACGCCGUAUAUCAGGUGGUGCAAAGUGGUGGUGCGUGGUGCGGGUCAGCUCCGUGCGAUAAGUUCUUCUCUCGAGUGGUGCGGCGAACAGAGCGAAAAUGGGCCUCACGCCAGAGGAUCUUCGGCAGCGCAUUCCAAACUGGUCGCUCGAAUCGGAUGGGCAGUUGCUGCAGUACAUGGUUUCAAUCGCUAAGAAUCUCGAGAACAAAUGCAGUAACACACGGGAUAGUCUCAGCGGCCUCAUGGUGCAGGUGGACCAGACUGAACUGAAGCUAGCGCAUGCCCUUAAUCAGCUGUCGGCGGUCGAGCAGGUGAAAUUCGUUGAGAAUCGCGUCGAGGAGGACGACGAAAGCUUCUACGGACUGCGGCGCCGAAAGCAGGCAGAGGAAGAGAAGGAAAAGGCUCAAGCUAAGGCAGAACAACAGGAUUCUACUGUGGACGACAUGAUUCAGACGGCAGUGGAACGAUCCAUCGAAGGAAUGUACAACUGUUAUGAGAAAGUGAGCCUUCAUCUGGGCAGUGACUCCAGUAGCGACGACGACGACGACUACGAUGACAGGAACAGUAGCGGUGCUAUGCCGUUAGUGAUUGAAGGUGGCGGAGUCGUCGGUAGUGGUAAACCAACGAUCAUGCGAGCAGUGCCGCGAUUCAGCUUCAUCGAACGACCGCUGCCACACGUGAUCGGAUCUAAAGAGUGGCAAAAUAAGUGGCACGUGGGAUUAAUUGAUUCAGACGAUGAGUCGAGCUCCGAUCGCAAAGAGGAAUAUUCGGAGUCAUCCAGUGACACGGACGGUAUGUUCCCGUCCCAACCAAACAGCAAAAACCAAACACCGUCGGAAUCGGAAAGCUCCAUCUGGGGCACAGACCCGCGUAAGCGGACCUAUUCGAUCGAUCACCCUGGUGACGACGCAUCAUCCGUAUACUCGUACGCUAGCUCUUCCAAACCGCGGAGUUUAUUUCCUGCUGUUCUACCGAUUGGUCACGUGCUUGGUGGAGGCCUGAAACCUCCUAGUCUUUUUCCCGAGGAACCACCGGACGAAGUGGAACCGAAUAGUUCAACCGGACCAACAACGGCUGAUCGAUCCGACAGGGGACUGUUUGAUGCGUCACCGGAAGAAAUCGUAACGCCAAUCGCACAGCCAAGGAUGAAGCCAACCACGACCGGAGAUACUUUCUUCCGUGGUACAUCUCAACCAACCCGCAAAACGAUCAAUCUAUUCGACGACGAACCACCACCAGUCUUCGAACAGCAACCGAGUGGAAAAAGGGAAUCCGAAUCUGCCCGAGGUACCAUCAAUCUCUUCAUUGACAGUGAAGAUGAAGCUGAUACGAUUAAUAACGUUUGCAACAACAAUAACGACACCCUACCUACUGAGUCCACCACCGCACCGAGCGACGCACCUCGGUAUCCUAUACAAACAGAUCCGCGAUCGAUGACAAAGGUGGUGGAUGAGCUGAACAACAAUUUCCGGAAGCAACAACUGCAACCAGUAGAACAAACUAAACCAGCCAGCAGCACCCCGGUGGUUCGACAGGAUCCUUCACGAAUCCAAACCGAACCGCACGUUGCGAAGCAAUCAGAACAAAAACAGUCUACGGUUCGUCUGCUGGUAGCAGAGUCUGAACGUGCCGUAGAACCAGAACCUGUAGCGAGAAUAGCAAAACAAAUGACUAAAAAAUCCGUCGUGAACCUCUUUGAUGAGGAUGAUGAGGAUGGUGAUGAUGGUAUCGUUGUAGGGAGAAGUGAAUUACCGCCGGUGCCGGCAGUCGCUACCCGUUUUGCUGCUCCUGACAGUCGAAGUUCGGCAAAGAAAAAAUCAAUUUUCGAUGAUUCCGACGAAUCGGAUGUGGAUGAUGCCUUGCUGUUUGGUCGGUCGAGCGGAACAGCAUUGCCAGCGCCGGCACACCGUCCAGAUUCGAAGGCACCACCUACUACUGACGUGGGCGGAAGUGCAGACAAAAAGAAGGCCAAAUCCUUAUUCAGUGAUAGUUCAGAAGAGGAGAACGAAGCCGAUGAUGCCCUGUUUGGCAAUGCUGCCAAUAUCGUAAAGAACAAACUGGAGGCCCUCCGGCAGAAGGACACACCAACGGAAGUGAGCAAACCAGUUCUCAAUGAGCCGGCACCGACAAACAGUAAAUCCAUCUUCAAUGACGAACCAUCGUCAAGUGAUGAUGAACUGUUUGGAACCAAAGCGAAGCCUGCAGCGAAACCAUCGCACUCUUUACCGGCCAUUACAGAUAGAUCGAAAAGCACACCCAAGGCCCGAGUGUCCCUGUUCGAUGAUCAACCUCCUUCGGAUGACGAGAAUGGUGACGAUGCGCUGUUUGGUGGUGGACGAAGCAGUCUUGGCGGUAUUACUGCGCAGCUCAAUAGCAAGAGGCAUGUUAGUGAUGGUAAGGCAGAACCAGAUGCACCACUGAUUGUGGAGGAUCCUCUUAAAACCGUCAAAUCUGAAACGAAGAGUACUAAUGUUACGGCGACUGUUGUCGUUGGAUCGGAGAAUCCUACUACUGAGAAGACUAGCAUAAGGAGUGCGAUUAUGAGAAAAUCAAUCUUUCACUCCGAUUCGGAGAGCGACCAAGGGGAUGAUGCUAAUGGUCUGCUUGCUGGCCAAACAAAUGUUGGCUUUGGGGAAUUACCAAGUGCAGCAGAGGUACCACUGACCAGUAGCGUAACGAAAGACGCUGAAGCAAACGACAUUCAAACGAAAAACGUAACGUUAGAAUCUCCGAGCGGUGAUCAACCAAUGAUGAAAGAUGCAACAUCCAGUGCUGCGACAUCUACAUCUAUGGAUCGAAAACCAAAUUCAAUCAUUACAAGCAAACCCGUGGCACAGAAUGAUCCGAAAGUGAACGAUGAAAAACCACCUUCCGAGUCGAUUGAUCCUCACAGUUCGACUAUGGAGGAUCAAGUGAUUGAUCCAACUGCGGUCUCUGGCAAAUCCGUUUCGAAUGGAUCAUUAGUAGCAAACAACCCAAAGGAUGAGAAGCGAAAGCUAGAGAUUCAAACAGACUCUCUACUAAUCGCAAACAAGUCCGUGACUGCGUCUCAAGAGCCAGACAAUUCUCCGUUCACUGAUCCUCCACGAAUGUCUGAAUCCAACGUUGAAGCAAACCUUCGUACUGAAGAAAGCGAUGUUCCACAGAUUGCGAAUGACAUUGAUUACCUUUUGCACACGAAUGCAAUUCCUGGUAUUGAAGAUGAGCCGAGGACACCACCGGCACCGCUAGCGGAAGCUGCCAAGUCUGAACCGAAAAGUGCCUUAAACUUUAGCCCAAUCGGUCUCUUUGAUGAUGUGCCACCACCGGACGAUAUGGACGGGGUGGAAUCUUACGAAGGACCACCUCAACUGACCUCAUCCGCUCGGGACAACGAUUUGUCACUGCCCGCGGACGAUAGUACCUCCUCUCCACCCGUGUACGAUGAACCACAGUCGUUAGGGUUCCCGCCGAAGGGGUCCGUUACUGGUAAUCAUCGGUACCUGUUCGACGAUGAACCGCCGCCGGAUGAUGUGGAUAACUAUAAAAGUGUGGACGGGUCGAUGAUAAUAAGCCGACUAGGGGACAGCCCAUUUGAUAAAAAAAUUGUUUCAAUCGAUAAGUCCGUGUCGUUACCACCGUUUCCUACUAACGAAGAAUAUAACGUGAAGAAGAAGGUCGCUAAUAAGCUCAACACAAAACUGGUGAUUAAUGUGGCCGCCCUUUUGCCCGGAGCUCGACGGCCGCAACCACCGGCAACGAGCGGCAACACAACGGAAGCAACAACGGAAGGGUUAGAUGAUGUACGGGCAGUUGGUGGGAAGGCAAGGGCUGAACAACAACCUGAACAAGCAGUAGCAACAGUAGCAGCUGGUUCUGCGCUGAAGCGCGAACCGGUAGAUGAUAAGCUUCUGGUGAGCUUGAACAAGGACCGGGCACGUAUACCGACGAAACGCAAACCUCCUUCAAGACGUGGUCUUCGAGGCAUUACAAAUGGAUUAACCGAAGAUCAACCGGCUGAUAGCGGAAACGAGGAUCGACGAAUAGUCGUCGGUUCUGAACAGAAAAUUGAACAUAUCGAAGCAGCUUAUCCCGUCGCACCAGAGCCGGUGUUGGAUACAGCAAAAGAUCGUUUGAGAGCGAGCGCACGUAUCACUACUAACAGUACCACCAGUGUGACAAAACCGCCAGUGGCUGUAGGAUCGGACCCGCUGGUGAACAAAGUUGGUACCCCACAACAGAAGGUACUUCCUUCCCAAACCUCCAAAUCAAUAUUUGGUGAUAGUGAUAACGACGAGAACGAUGGUGGCGAUGAUUUGUUUAGUAAGCUUCCCACGAAGAUGGCCUCCUUCACGGCAGCAUCGAAAACUCAACAGGCAUCAUCACAGGCCGUAACCGGCAGCAGUGCCAAGGUUCACAGCAUCUUUGGCAGUGAUGAUGAGGACGACGAAAUAGCAGGCAGCGAGCAGGAUCUGUUUGGUAUCAACAAAGUAGCAAAGCCUAGCAACAGUAGCAAAGGCGGCAAUACCGCAGCUUCGUCCAUUGUCGGGCAGCUGAAGUCAGCCGCGCUACAGAAAAUCACCAAAGGAACGACAAGUAGCCUGUUUGGUGAUGACGAUGACGCUGACGAUGACGAAGAUCUUUUCGGUAGCAAAUCAAAAACAAUAGUUUCGAAAGCAACGGGCGAGAGACGUAUAACCACGGAGCAAAGUAAACUACUCACCGGCGAAACCGUUACCAGGUCGACAGUGAAAACCACGCCAACGCCGGCAGUGAACGAUCCUUUGGCUGAUUUGCUAGAUUCGUAAGAUGCCGGCUAGGCCAGAAUAUGCGGUAGAGAUACCUUUUGAUUCAUCAUCCUAAGAUAUUGCAGUAGACUCACACCUCCGUAGGUGGUGUCGUACUGAAAGGACUCAUAAGCGUGCUUCCUUAUAUCAGUUAAGCGAGUUAGAAAUGGUGCAAAUUUGAACCAAUCGGAUCGCACGAUCCUCGCCAGCUGGCUUGGUAAAUUGAAAACAAAAGAACCAAAACUGCAACAUAGGCAUAACACUGCUCGGGAUCCAUAUUAGCGUUGUCGUUAUCGCGCCCGUCGGUUUAUGCUCUAGUCACAUUAUUAUUAUUUUGAUCCAAAUUCUCUUAUCUUCAGUCUUGUUGGCUAAGUUCUUUUCCUCGGUACGUGUGCAAGAACUAGGAACAAACGAGCUCCCUAAAAGGGGUUUGCUCUUGCUCGGUUUCAUGUCUCCAUUCACUU